GUUUUCGAUUCUUUGAUAUGAGUUUGUUGUGAGAGUAGUUAUUUGCAUAACUACGUGUGUACCAAAUACAUGUAAACAAAUUAAUUGUUUUACUGUUAAAUUUAUCAACAUAAAUAAUACAUAAUUUUGAAACACAAAAUCAAAAAUACGUGGUCACUUAAAAAUAAAUAGAAGCAAAAGUCCAGUGCAAAAAUAGUGCACUUGUUUGUGUGUAUAAACGCAUAGCAUUUUUUGAUUUUUGUGUUAUUUAUCCCCCGGAGAUUGUACAAAUUAGUUUUGCCUUGUAAUUAUUUGUAUUUUUCAUUUCCAAUAAUUGAAACAAAAAUUAAAUUUUUUUUAUUCAAAAUGUAAAACAAAUUAUCAAAAAAUUAAAAAAAUACUAAAUUUUGUCAAAAAUGAAGCACUAGCAUUUGGAAGCAAGUUAAUUUAAAAUCUAGGAAGGAUUCAAUUGAUGUAUCUACAUCUUUUAUUAAACGUAUUUUGCAAUCGAAGUGCUAUCUACAACAACUAAACUAAUUGCUGGCAUAAUUAAGGAUAUGGUUUGGUUAAUGCAAUUGUAUCUCAUUCGGUAGCCCAUGAACUUAAAUCACAUCAAAUCAAUAAGCGUGGGAAGUUUUUAAGAGCUAUUUGACAAUGACAUUUAAGAUAUUUCGUAGAGGAUCAGCAAGGUGUAUCGGUUUGCUAUCAGCUUUUGUCACCAUAUUGCUUUGUCUCUACUAUAUAUCAAUAGGGCAACCUUCAGUUGUUCAACAAAAAAAUUUACGAUCAUUUGGACAGCUUGACCAAAAUCAAAGCAAUGGAAAACAACGACAAGAACGACGUCAACCACAAACAAUUAUAACAUCAAAUUCAUUUGCCGACAGAGACCCAUUUUCUGCUGUGGAUAACAAAAAGUCAUCAUCAUCAUCGUGGGCCAACAAAUGUUAUACUCUUAAAGAGCAAGAAACUAAUAUAACGGCUUAUAAUGAGUACUCCCAGUUUGAUUUUCAACCGGAAUGGAUUCGAACGAAAGAAUACUGGGAUAAGACAUUUGAGGAGCGAUACGAACAGCAAAAGAAAGAUCAUUCUCGUCCACCUUUAAAAGUAAUUAUUGUUCCUCAUUCGCACAACGAUCCUGGUUGGCUAAAGACAUUCAUUAACUAUUUCCAAUCGGACUCUAGACAAAUUUUGAAUUUAAUUGUCACUAAGAUGCAAGAAUACACCGACAUGACGUUCAUAUGGUCUGAAAUUAGUUUUUUGCAACUCUGGUGGGAUCAGGCUCAUCCAACUAAACAAAGAGCUUUGAAGCGAUUGAUAAAAUCAGGAAGGUUUGAAAUAACAACUGGUGGAUGGGUAAUGACGGAUGAAGCAAAUGUUCAUUUGUUUCCAAUGUUAGAUCAAUUAAUUGAAGGUCACCAAUGGCUACGAAUAAAUCUUAAUGUUACCCCAGAAGUAGGAUGGUCAAUUGAUCCAUUCGGACAUGGCAGCACCGUUCCAUACCUUCUCUCCGAGAGUGAUUUCGAAGGUACAAUCAUACAAAGAAUCCAUUAUGCUUGGAAACAAUGGUUUGCCAAGCAUCAAAGUGGUGAUUUUCUAUGGGUUCCGUAUUGGAAUAAGGACGACGACUCGAAUAAAAAUCGAAUACCAAAGCAUAGUUUGCUUACACACAAUAUGCCAUUUGACAUCUAUUCCAUUAAACAUUCAUGUGGACCACAUCCAUUCAUAUGUUUAAAUUUUGACUUUCGUAAAAUUCCUGGCGAAUAUACUGAAUAUUCGAUUAAAGCUCAAUUUAUAACAGAUGAAAAUGUAGAAGAAAAAGCACAACUCCUAUUGGAACAAUAUUCCCGUACGGCAUCAUUGUUCCCACAUAAUGUCGCACUUAUUCCUGUAGGUGAUGAUUUUCGCUACAACAAAGAACGUGAAGUCGAUCAGCAAUACAGAAACUAUAAAAAACUUAUCGAUCACAUUAAUGCUAAUAAAGAAAUUUAUAAUGUCGAAAUUGGCUUUGGAACACCACGAGAUUAUUUUCGUGAAAUAAAAAAACGUUCCGAAAAAUUCAACACAUUUAAAGGUGAUUUCUUUGUAUAUUCGGAUAUAUUUUCCGAAGGCCGACCAGCUUAUUGGUCUGGAUACUUUACCACGCGUCCAUUUUAUAAGAUUUUAAGUACUGAUUUGGAACAUAAUCUUCGAGCUGCUGAAAUAUUAUUCACAAUCGCAUACAACACAGCACGUCAAUUUAAACAUGAAAAUGCUAUCAAAGUUUUUGAAAAGAACUAUGAAAAAAUGAUCCUUGCUCGCAGAAAUCUUGGUCUAUUUCAACAUCAUGAUGCCAUUACAGGAACUUCAAAAUCUGCUGUAAUGCGGGACUAUGGAUUGCGAUUGUUUGAAAGUGUUCAAGAUGUUGUCAAAAUGCAAGAAUCAACAAUUGAACUUUUAUUGCAAAAUGCAACUUCAAAUCAUAAUUUUGUUCUAAGUGAAUUGGAGCGUGACAAUUAUAAUAAAUUACCUCGCAAAACACCAAUUUCACUCGCAGAAAAUAAUGAAGCAUCUUUUGUUGUCUUCAAUGCCCUCACUCAUAAGCGAAUUGAAAUAUUAAGCAUACGAACGACAAUUCCAAAUGUAAAAAUCUUAAAUGAAGCAAAUGUUGCUGUUCCAAUGCAGGUAAAUCCAAUAUGGAAUAUCACUGAUAAUUAUGAAAAUCCUAAUUCUAUGCAUUCUGAAAGAAUAAGAAUAUCUACAAAACAAUUUGAGAUUCAGUUCUUAGCCACACUAGAACCCCUUUCAUUGACAACUUUCAAAAUUGUCCCCGAUAAUAAUUACAAACAGCAAAUGGCAACAAUAUACUGUGACGAAUGCAGUGAUGGGAGUAAAAACACCGAAUUUGAUGUUAAAGCAAAACCUGCUGGUGAUAUUCAAUUAGAAAAUAAUAAAAUGAGACUAUUAUUUAAUGAAAAGUCUGGCUUUUUGAAAACAAUCACACGCAAAAAUUCUGGACGAUCAAUGCAAUGUGCUGUUAAAUUUGCUGCUUAUAGAAGUGCCCAAUUUCAUUCUGGAGCAUAUCUUUUUAAAACAGAUCCUGAACAAAACGAAGCUGAAAAAGAUGUCCUUGAACAAUAUGAAGAUAUUCGCAUAAUAAUAACAUCAGGUCCAAUUACUAGUGAUGUUACUGUGAUUUAUGGGCCAUUCUUAGCUCAUACAAUGAGAAUUUAUAAUACUCAAACCUACCUAGACAGUGCUAUUUAUAUUGAAAAUGAUAUUGAUUUCGAACCACCACCAAAGAAUCGAGAAACUGAACUAUUUAUGCGAUUUCUAACAAACAUCGAAAACGGUGGUGAAACACCAGAAUUUUAUUCAGAUCAAAAUGGCUUUCAAUUUCAUAAACGGGUUAAAAUUUCAGCAAUUGGUAUUGAAGGAAAUUAUUUCCCAAUCACAUCAGGAGCAUUUAUUCAGGAUGACAACUUAAGAUUGACCCUGCUAACAACUCAUGCUCAAGGUGCAGCUAGUUAUGAACCUGGACAGUUGGAAGUGAUGCUUGAUCGAAGAACACUUUACGAUGACUACCGCGGAAUGGGAGAAGGAAUAGUCGAUAGUAGAUUAACAAGGCACAAAUUCUGGUUACUUAUUGAAGAAAUGGCACCUCCAAUUAAAAACAAAUAUGAAGUUUUGAGUACAACAUCAAAUUAUUUUGCAAAUGGUCUUCGUUACCCACCGAAUAUUUAUUUUAUAGAAAAUCUCGAAAUACGAGCACCAGUGAAUCUACGAAAUAAGGUUUCCUUAAUUUCACAUUCAUUACCUUGCGAUUUGCAUUUACUUAAUUUACGAACAUUAUCUGAUGAACAAUUAGAAUUAUUUCCCUCAAAAUCAGCAUUGAUGAUAUUACAUCGGCAAGGAUAUGAUUGUAGUAUUGGUGGUGGAAAGCAAGUAAAUACAAUUCCCUGUGAUGAUCUGUCCCAAAUCACUACUACUGAUUCAUUGUCCAAAAUGACAUUAAAUAAGUUAAGUAUUGAAUCAAUAGAAAGUACCUCAUUAACUGGAGUGCGAAGUAGAAGUAGUUAUAAGUUAAGGUCUUUUGCCAAUAUAAGUUUAGAUCCAAUGGAUGUAAAGACAUUUAUUUUGACAUUUAGUGGUUGAAAAAAAAUUUUAUAUAUGUUUUUUUUUUAACUCUAUAGUCUGGUAUACCUACAAAACAUUUAAAGCCAAAACAUUUUUUUUGUUUUUGUCAAAUUUUGUAUCCUUGUGUGGAUGUGAAUUUUGAAGAUUUUGAUUUUACAAAAUUUUUAACAAACUCUAUUUUUCAAAGAUUUUAUACUCCAGAUAAUUAUUUGUCUGCCACCAAAAGUACGUUGACAUGCGAGUAAAAGUUUAAAAGUAUUUGGCAAUUCAAUAAUCUUAGUUAUGAGUUAUUUUAAAACGAAGAAAUUUACUUUCUGAUUUUAAUAUUUUUGGCUUAGCUACAUCAAUUUUAUUAUGUUAAUGAAAUGAGAAUGAACAAUUAAUCCAUGACAUGGAGCAGCUCUUUAGAUUUAAAAAUUAGGACAAAUGCAUAGAAAUUUAACGCCUUGAAUGUAAACAAUUUAAACUUUUGAAGUUCGAUCCAAAUAGCUGUCUUUUUCUUUUAUACAUUGAUGGAAAAUUAAUUAGAAACAAAUUAUUUUUUUAACUAAGGCUUAUAAUUUUAUUUUUAUAAAUUAUAAAAACAUAUUUAUUUUAAUUCAUUGCAUUUUUUGUAGUUUUAACUGCAUAUUAAAAAAAAAACAACAACAAAAAAAUUAUUCUAAAACAAAGAAAAAUUUCAUAUUAUUAUAAAAAACUCAAUUUUGUUAUUGAAAUAAAAUUAAGAUCGGGUUGGUCCCCGUGAAAUAGCUAUAACUCCAGUCUAUGAAUUUGGUAGUAACACACACAAGUUGUUGUUGUUCAUUCAAAACCUUCAAAAUUAGGAACAAUUAUAUGAUAUUCUUGUUGUUUUUGAAAAAAAAAUUUUAAUAUUUGGUUGAAAAACCCUUGUUAUUGAUGACAACUUCACUGCGCCGCGGUAAACUUUCCAUCAAGUCACGGCAUCAUUUCAAUGGAACAUUCUCCCAUGCCUCCUCAGUAUUUAAAAAACAAAUCGGAUUCAUUUGUUGCCUUUUUGCUCAAUUUUUGAAAUCUAGACUUAACGCUGGCUACUUCAAAACUUCAAUAUUUUCCUCCUCAAACAAACACUUCACAACACGUAAAGUUUAUUCGGGGUAAUUUUCUCGCUGGAAAAUGUGAGAAAACGACAAAUGCUGGAAUGCAUAACAUUUUCCAGUAUGUAUACUAUUCAGGAAAAUGCCCCCAAAAACAAUGCCCCGAAAGCCAUAUUGCUAAAGUUUUUUUUAUUAAUUGGUGGCCGUACCUACUUAAAGUUUUCCAUCCGAUCCGAAAAUGUUAAACUUGGACCCGUUGCUCCAGAUCACCUUUUUCUGAAAUGAAAGCGGUUUUUUUAGAUGUAAUCUUGCUAUCUUCAUCGUUUCUAAUUAGUUUUUCAGCAAAAUUCCUUGAACUGUUAAUUCUGUAUCGUUAAUAUUUGUUGUUUACAAACAAAACUGUUCGUUUUAUAUUGAGAUAUAGGUAUAAUUUUAGAAAUUUACCAUUUUUUUUAAAUUUUCACAUGUUAUGAUAACAGUAGACAAAAGAAAUAUUUAAAAGUAAAAAUUGUUGCUAAUAUUUUGGUCACAAUUGUAUAAAUGAGAUUAUAGAAAAGGUCAGUAAAAACGCAUGCUUCAUCUCCAAUUGGAGAAAAAAAUGUGUAUGCAUAAACUAUUUAUUAGGGUGGUCCAUUUUCCCUUAGUUUGAAGAUAUAUGUAAGUUUCUCAAACCAACAAUUUCAAUUUUUUUGAGAGUUUUGUGCAACUUUUAGUAAAUUUGAUACAACUCACAAAAAAAGUCCAAAAGUUUAAUAGUCUCGAAUUUUUGUUUGGAAAAGCGUUAUUUUAGUAUUUUUUUAAAAUAAUUUAAUAAGAAUAUGGGCUUCGGAUGUUUUUUUUUUGUAUUUUAUAUUUUAUUUAAAACACGUUUUUGUUAGCGUUUGUUUCAGCAGCCUCUAGUUCUUAGAUUUCAAAAGUAAAGUAUUUUUCUUACUAGGUUCUGAGUAAAGAGUACCUAUAAAAAAAAUUUUAAACCACAACCUUAGCUAUCUAUCAGUUUUGCAGUAAAAAUAACUAUCGUCAUCAUAAAAUAGACUAUGUUCAUUCCUGACCGAAAUAAUAUACAGGGUCUUCCAAAAGUAAUGAUCCAAAUUAACAAUAAUUAAGAAAUAGUACAGUCUUAAUUCAUCAAAGCAUUAAAACAAAAAAAGAAAGAAAUACACAUUCAACAAAAUACCUGUAAUUCGAAAAUAGUGUAAGAAAUAAAACAUGCAUUAUUUGAUUAAUUUUCCCAACUAUUAAGUAAAAAUAAUUGUUAAAAAAGAAAAAUCAUUUAUGAGCAGGGGAAGCAAAAUACCGCUAAUAUCCUAACAGAACCAUUGAUUGUAUGAUCGUAUGCCUUAAUUCGUCCCCUAGUUCAAAACAGUUAUUUUUUUAAAUUUCACAAGAACUGCAUUUAAUCGGAAACCAUAAGUAUUCGGGAUGAAUUAGUUACCAAUUUGUGAAUCUCUAUAAGUUGGUUUUUCAGCAUAUUUCUUUUGGGCAGUUACUUUUGGGACACCCUAUUAAUUAUAUUAAAAUCAGACAAAAAAGCUCCUAAAACCAUAAAAGUAAAUGUUUAUAUUUAAAAUAAGUAUUAUUAAGAUUUGUAUCAUGUUUUAUAAUUUAAAAAAUUUAUCAGCCUCUUUUAUAGACGUAUACCAAAAUUUAAAAGACACUCAACAAAUCUCUGUGCAAUAGCAUUUCCUCCCCACAUUCCAUUUUGAAUGUUCUAAGGUUUCGUUUUUAUCCGAAUGAGAAAAAAAUAAAUUAGUGCUCGAUUAUCCACAACUUAUCUCACGAACAAAAUAAAAAAUAAUUAUAUUCUUAUGUCAAAAUCUGAUAUUAUUUAUAAAAAAAUUAAACCUAAAAUUAUUAUAGUUAUGUAUUAAUUAAGAUAUUAAAAUAAAACGAUUGUUAAUAGUAUAUUAUUAAUUAAAAAAACUAAAUGAAUUUUUUAUAUUUUUAUUUUCCGUUUUUUUUUUUUUAUUUUUAUUAUUUGUAUAAAUUAAUUAUUUUCGACUGAUGCGAUAAAAAAAUGUAUGGUUAAGAUUGUAUGUGUUAUGUCCUAGCUUAGUAUCACUUGAUGUUUUACAAAAAAAAAAGAAUCUCUGUAAAUUAAUAUUAUUUAAUACUUUUGCUUAUGGUAAGUAGAAACAAUUAUUUAAUUAAAAAACUGUAGACAAUUUAAAUUAAAUUUUAAUUUUACUGAUAAUGAAACAAGACGAAUUAAAGUCAAUGGAAAUAAAUUAAGUCAAGUUA